GAAAUCUCUGUUGAUGAUCUGCUGGUGUGUAGAGACUACCAGGCAGACAUAGAGGUCACGGGUCACCCAGAGGUCACCACCUACGUCACGGGUCACCCAGAGGUCACCACCUACGUCACGGGUCACCCAGAGGUCACCACCUACGUCACGGGUCACCUAGAGGUCACCACCUACGUCACGGGUCACCCAGAGGUCACCACCUACGUCACGGAUCACCCAGAGGUCACCACCUACGUCACGGGUCACCUAGAGGUCACCACCUACGUCACGGGUCACCCAGAGGUCACCACCUACGUCACGGGUCACCCAGAGGUCACCACCUACGUCACGGAUCACCCAGAGGUCACCACCUACGUCACGGGUCACCCAGGGGUCACCACCUACGUCACGGGUCACCCAGGGGUCACACCUACGUCACGGGUCACCCAGAGAGGUCACACCUCCGUCACGGGUCACCCAGAGGUCACCACCUACGUCACGGGUCACCUAGAGGUCACCACCUACGUCACGGGUCACCCAGAGGUCACCACCUACGUCACGGAUCACCCAGAGGUCACCACCUACGUCACGGGUCACCUAGAGGUCACCACCUACGUCACGGGUCACCCAGAGGUCACCACCUACGUCACGGGUCACCCAGAGGUCACCACCUCCGUCACGGGUCACCCAGAGGUCACCACCUACGUCACGGGUCACCCAGAGGUCACCACCUACGUCACGGGUCACCCAGAGGUCACCACCUCCGUCACGGGUCACCCAGAGGUCACCACCUACGUCACGGGUCACCUAGAGGUCACCACCUCCGUCACGGGUCACCUAGAGGUCACCACCUCCGUCACGGGUCACCCAGAGGUCACACCUACGUCACGGGUCACCCAGAGGGGUCACCACCUACGUCACGGGUCACCUAGAGGUCACACCUACGUCACGGGUCACCUAGAGGUCACCACCUUCGUCACGGGUCACCCAGGGGUCACCACCUACGUCACGGGUCACCCAGAGGUCACCACCUACGUCACGGGUCACCCAGGGGUCACCACCUACGUCACGGGUCACCCAGAGGUCACCACCUACGUCACGGGUCACCUAGAGGUCACCACCUCCGUCACGGGUCACCUAGAGGUCACCACCUACGUCACGGGUCACCUAGAGGUCACCACCUACGUCACGGGUCACCUAGAGGUCACCACCUCCGUCACGGGUCACCCAGAGGUCACCACCUACGUCACGGGUCACCCAGAGGUCACCACCUACGUCACGGGUCACCCAGAGGUCACCACCUACGUCACGGGUCACCCAGAGGUCACCACCUACGUCACGGGUCAGCCAGAGGUCACCACCUACGUCACGGGUCACCCAGGGUCACCACCUACGUCACGGGUCACCCAGGGGUCACCACCUACGUCACGGGUCACCCAGAGAGGUCACACCUACGUCACGGGUCACCCAGAGGUCACCACCUACGUCACGGGUCACCUAGAGGUCACCACCUACGUCACGGGUCACCCAGAGGUCACCACCUACGUCACGGGUCACCCAAAGGUCACCACCUACGUCACGGGUCACCUAGAGGUCACCACCUACGUCACGGGUCACCCAGGGGUCACCACCUACGUCACGGGUCACCCAGGGGUCACCACCUACGUCACGGGUCACCUAGAGGUCACCACCUACGUCACGGGUCACCCAGAGGUCACCACCUACGUCACGGGUCACCCAGAGGUCACCACCUCCGUCACGGGUCACCCAGAGGUCACCACCUACGUCACGGGUCACCCAGAGGUCACCACCUCCGUCACGGGUCACCUAGAGGUCACCACCUCCGUCACGGGUCACCCAGAGGUCACACCUACGUCACGGGUCACCCAGAGGUCACACCUACGUCACGAGUCACCUAGAGGUCACCACCUACGUCACGGGUCACCCAGGGGUCACCACCUACGUCACGGGUCACCUAGAGGUCACACCUACGUCACGGGUCACCUAGAGGUCACCACCUACGUCACGGGUCACCCAGGGGUCACCACCUACGUCACGGGUCACCCAGAGGUCACCACCUACGUCACGGGUCACCCAGAGGUCACCACCUACGUCACGGGUCACCUAGAGGUCACCACCUACGUCACGGGUCACCUAGAGGUCACCACCUUCGUCACGGGUCACCCAGGGGUCACCACCUACGUCACGGGUCACCCAGAGGUCACCACCUACGUCACGGGUCACCCAGGGGUCACCACCUACGUCACGGGUUACCCAGAGGUCACCACCUACGUCACGGGUCACCUAGAGGUCACCACCUACGUCACGGGUCACCUAGAGGUCACCACCUACGUCACGGGUCACCUAGAGGUCACCACCUACGUCACGGUCACCCAGAGGUCACCACCUUCGUCACGGGGGUCACCACCUCCGUCACGGGUCACCUAG